UGUGUGUAAGGUGUCUCUUUACACUUGUCUUAAACGCCUAGGCAAUUGCACAGGGGUUGGUUGCUUUGCCUUGCCUUGUCUCCUUAAGAACACUGGUUGUGAUAUAGAUGGUGAGAGCAAGGGUGGUCCAGACGGCAGAUAACAAUUUGAUAAAAAAUAUUAUAGGAGCAUCCAUUAUGGUGAUUAAUUAAGCUAAGAACUUCCGUGAACAUGAGAAAGAAAAGGGCAAAGGUGGUGGCACUGCCGGCACAUACUCUGGAUCAUGGCACCAGAAUUUCUUCAGGUGCUAAGCAUGAGCUCGUCAUGGACGAAGAGUCAGAACAAGCUCUUCGAGCAGGCGCUCGCGAGAUAUGACAAGGACACCCCAGACCGCUGGCAGAACGUGGCGCGGGCGGUGGGCGGUGGUAAGUCCGCGGAUGAUGUGAAGAAGCACUAUGAGGAGCUUAUCAAAGACGUUGAUGAAAUUGAGUCGGGAGACCAUCAGGGGUCCAGGUACCGUGGUGGCGGUGAUGGUGGCAGCAGCAGCAAAUCCAAAGGCCGUGGCAGCAAUGGGGAGCAGAGGUACCUGAAUCUCCAGUGAUGGUUGGUGCUCACCAAGAGCUAGCCUCAAGCUCCAGCUAGCUCGCCUGCUUCUGUUUCCAGCAUCCAGCAAGUACCCUACAUACAUACACUAGAUUACAUAACAUGGUGGUGAUCGUGAUGACGACGAUCCUGCUGUCCUAGCUGCUAUAAAAUCAUAUUACGAUUGUGACGGCGACGGCGAUGAUGAACCUUCUCCAGCUUGCUAUAAGAAAAAAAGCAGUCCUGGACAUCAUCAAGCUGGCCAUCGGGAAUAUCGUUGUGUCUUUCGUUGUACCUCCUGUAGUGUCUCCAUGUCUGCGUGUGUUUUGUAGUACGUGUGACCCACCACGAGCCUGCCUUGUAGUAGUAUUCCAGCUGAUGAUGUAGUAUCAUGUAUGUGUUCUUGUGUUCUUGGUGUGGCCGUACGUACUAGUAGUACGUCUAUCUGUGUCUUCUCUGCCAUGUCUAAUCUAUCUACUAGCUCGUGUUGUAUCCGAUUAGUUGCCAGAUUGUCUGAUGGGAAGUUGGGGUCUGUGGGGGUACUCAUUGCUGAUUUGCUGGCGCCGAUUGAUCAAUGUUCAUUUCUGCAUGUUGUUGCGCCACUGGAUUUUCACUUCCGUGGUAGACCCAUGCCUGAUUGUGACUGAUUUUCGAUGGUCUACAGUGACGGAUCCAGAAAAAGUAUUAGAAGAGGUUGAACGAAAGUGAACUCCUUUUCAGCUCUUCUCUUUACUAAUACCAGACAUUUUGUUGUGGAGGU